CCUCGGAGGAAGAAGUUGUCCCAGCUCCUCUCUCCGCCGCGGCACUCUCUGGUUCGGACGCCUGUCCCACUGCAGAGCUUUGGACAUUUGGACAUCAUGGGGCUCCGUUAUGCGCUAAUACUUUUCUGCUUUUUCCUUCCACUGUGCACUUCGAACACCGAUGUGAGCAGUCGCUUCGUGUUGGAGCCCUAUGAUUUCCUCUUCGACACUGCGGUGGAAGCCUACUAUAAGGGGGACUGGUUGUCGGUUAUUCUGAAUAUGGAGAAGGCGCUCAGGAACAAAGCUACGGUCCGCAAGGUGAAGGCUCAGUGCCGGUUGAGUUGCGCCAACCAGACCGCUUUCGGUGAUCAUGUGGCCGGCUUGGGAGUUCCCAUACCGGGGACCGGGUCUGUGGAGGAUCUGGGCUUCUUCCAUAAAAUCCUGAAACGGGCAGACUGUGUUAACUCCUGUGAAACUGAGAAACUGGGUUCACCAACUCUUCAUCAAGUCACCGAAGAGGUUCAGCUGGAGUUCAACAAGAGGACCCCGUAUAAUUACUUACAAGUGGCGUAUUUUAAGAUCAAUAAGCUGGACAAGGCAGUGGCUGCUGCCAACACAUUUUUCCAGGCCAACCCGGAUCACAUGGAGAUGAGACAGAACCUGGAGUACUACAAGAUGAUGGCCGGAGUGCAGGAAGAGGACUUCAAGGAUUUGGAGGCCGGGACACAUAUGGCCGAGUUCCUGUUAGGGAAGAGAUACUACAGCGACGACUCAUUUGGGCUGGCGGCCGAACACUUCGAGGUGGCUGUAGACGAGUACUUCUCUGCCGAUAAGGAGUGCAGAGCGCUGUGUGAAGGAGCCUACAACUACGACGGAUACAACUACAUGGAGUACAGCGCUGACCUCUUCCAGACCAUAACAGACCACUACAUGCAGGUACUGAACUGUAAGCAGCACUGCGCAGUAGAGCUGGCCUCGAAUACUGGCCGAGACAAACCCUUCGAGAAUUUCCUCCCCUCGCAUUUCAACUACCUGCAGUUCUCCUACUACAACAGUGAGAAGUAUGAGCAGGCCAUAGAGUGUGCUAAGACCUUCCUGCUGUUCCACCCUGAUGAUGAGGUGAUGAACCAGAACCUGGCUUAUUAUUCUGCCGUGCUGGGUGAAGACAAGGCACAAACCAUACUACCCAGACAGGUGGUGAAACAGUACAUUCAGCAGUCCAUACUGGAAAAAGAGCUGCUCUACUUUGGCUACGAGGCCUUCGGAAUCACCUUCGUAGAUCCAGACACAUGGACUCCUGAAACUGUAAUGCCUAAGAAACUGAGAGAUAAGCAGAAAGCCGACAAAGAGACUGCAGCAAGGAUCACAGAGGAAAUAGGAAACCUGAUGAAGGAGAUCGAGACUCUGGUUGAGGAGAAGAAGAAGGAUUCUUCAGAUAUGGCCAAGCUUUUAGCUCCGCAGGAUGGCAUCACGUUGCAUGAUGACAUCAAGGUGACCAUGACCGCCAAGCAGCUGAACGGUUCUCAGCGGGUGCUGCUGGAUGGGGUCACCAGUGACGACGAGUGCAGGGAGCUGCAACGCCUCUCCAAUGCAGCUGCUCUGAAAGGUGAUGGAUACAGGGGACAGCACUCCCCCCACUCUGCCAGUGAGAUGUUCCAAGGAGUCACUAUCCUGAAGGCUGUGAAGCUCGGACAGGAGGGGAAGGUUCCACUGAAGAGCGCUCGUCUGUUCUUCGACCUCAGCGAGAAGGUGAAGAAGAUGUUGGAGUCAUACUUCCAUCUGGACACGCCGCUCUACUUCUCCUACUCCCACCUGGUCUGUCGCUCUGCCAUCGAUGAGAAGCAGGAGGACCGUGAGGACCUGAGCCAUCCUGUUCAUGUGGACAACUGUCUGCUGGUCUCCGAGGUGAACGAGUGCAUAAAGGAGCCUCCUGCAUACACACACAGAGACUACAGUGCCAUCCUUUAUCUGAACGAUGACUUUGAAGGAGGAGAGUUCAUCUUCACUGAGCUGGAUGCUAAAACAGUCACGGCUGAGGUGCAUCCACAGUGCGGCCGCGUGGUCGGAUUUGGGGCGGGGAAGGAAAACCCUCACGGUGUCAAAGCUGUCACCAAGGGUCAAAGGUGUGCUGUGGCACUGUGGUUCACCUUGGAUCCUGCUCAUGAGGAAAAGGAAAGAAUCCAAGCUCAGGAUAUGCUGAAGAUGUUUUCUACCCCUGUGAAUGAAGAGUUCAUGAAAAAGGAAGUGACUGACACCUCAACACCAGAGCCUCCUGCGCAAAGUGACCAGAUAAAAUCAGACAGUAAACAAGUUGACAAACAAGCAGAGCAGCAGUCAGGUGUACCAGCAGACACGCAGACUGACAAACCAGCUGACUCAUCAAAGGACAACACAGAGGAGAAACCAGUCAGCAAAACAACAACAGGUGCUAAAGCUAAAGCUAAAGCUGCUCCUAAAGCAAAAGCCAAAGCUGGAGAACAAGGCAAGACAGCAGACAAAGUCAAACCUGCUGCUAAAAAAGAUGGAAAACAGACACAAACCAAGCAGGUGAACAAAAAGGAUGCAAAACCUGCUGCAAAAAAGACAGUAAAGGUUAAAAAAGCUAAAGCUGAUGCCACGUCAGCCUUAGACUCUCAAAACAAUAAGGAUGAGCUGUGAUCUAACAGCACCUGGGACUUUGUCAACGUGCUGUCUGUUUGUCUACUAUUUUAUACAAGGUCGUUUCUGUGGGUGAUUGAAUGAAAGGUGAGUGAAGGGUUGAUUGUUAAAAAAAAAGUCAGCCAUAACUUAAGAAUACAAAGACACUGUUGUUUCACAGCAGACGUCACUAAAAUGUUGUGUUGUGAACUGAAAAUGUGCCUGGUGCCUAAAUCACUGUAACUGUCUUUGUUUGGCAUCCACAAGCUUUGUGUCUGAAGAGUAAUGUUCAACCUGAAUUUUCUGUAGUUGUAUGUUAUUUGUGAUAUCAUGUUGUGGAACAAAGCACAGGUUGGUUAAAGAGUGGGGGUUAAUAUGAGCAGACUUUUUCUGUUGAGGAGAACUUAAAUCAUCUGUCUGAAUCAAUGAAAUAAAAGUGAUGUUUCUAAACUGUGUAAUGCAGUACUCAAAGCUGUCACUAGGUGUCAGCAUGGAUGCAAAAACUCCACUUUAAGAUUCUGCGUAGUUUAGCUGCUAUCCUGCCAUGCUGUGAUUUCA